UCCUGUUUCACAGUCUCAACCAAGCAAGCUUGUCAGAUGAGGGAAGGCAGCUCAGCAAAACAGAAAAGCUUGGCAUUUUUGCUCUGCAAAUCUGGUAGGAUCUAUUGCAAGUGAAAAGAUCAGGAUCCUAGGAUUCAGGCAUUGCUGGUACCAUGGAUCAAAGGACCACCAGCUCAGUGUUACUACUCCUGAUUGUCUUGCUGGGACCUAUGCCAGCUCUCACUCAGAGGGAAUCCCGUCAUGACAAGUUCCUCCGGCAGCACAUCGACUUCCCCAAGACCAGCAGUGAACUGGAUGUUCGGCGCUACUGCAACCUGAUGAUGCAGAGAAGAGGGAUGACUGCCACUUUUUGCAAACCCUCCAACACCUUCAUCCAUGCAGCCCACCCAGAUGUGCAUGCCAUCUGCAGAGAUGGGGGGACCUACUACAAUGAGAAUUACUAUGACAGCAACAUCCCUUUCUUCCUCACUGCUUGCCGCAUUAUUGGAGGAGGUUCCCAGAGCCCCCCCUGUAACUACCGAGGCAGAGUCAGCACCCAGCGCAUUCGAGUUGCCUGUCUUAAUGGGGAGCCAGUUCACUUCAAAACACCUCUUUAGAAGAGAGUGUCUAUGAAACCAUUGUUUUCCCAUGUAAUCAAUUUGGGAUACUAUACUUUCUGCCAUAUUAGAGUCCAUCAGGAGUAAAGUUUCCAUGCACACCUGUAGUAUACAUGAGCAUUUCAGUUGCAUUUUGGUACUACCAAAUUAUUGCUUCUCUCUCUCAUGACAUUCUUUCUUAAGGUUGCACUUCGAUGGUUUGUAUUGUCCCAUCAAGUAAUGUAACAGCUACCUAUUCAUAUAUUUUCUUAAAAUAUCAACCUUAACCUUUCCUCCAAGAUAACCCAUCCUUUAAAUGAUAUAAAAAUGUAAUUAUUUGCUUCCAGGGAACUCAGGUAUAGGGUAGGUGGAGAGCAUGGGAAAGGACUGCUAGUUAAGAACUGAUACUACAGACAACAAACUACAGUACAACAGUUCCAUGGAUUUGGGGAAGAAACUACGAUGCUGAUAGUGGUGUAAACCAUUUACAAAUUUGUUACCAACUCUGUCCUUUGCUGUCACAAAUGGUAACAUGGCAUAACUGGAAUCUGAUUGUCAAUGUAAAAGAUGCAUGUUAAUUUCAUGAAGGACCAGAGAUAAACUGAACUUCUAAGAGCAUAGCAUUUGUUAUACCGUUGAGCUCUGAGUGGUUGGAGGUGUUGUACGACCACCAGAUCUUGCACUGAUGCUGUCAAAUCCUUUUGAUUUGCAUGUGUGCCAUUGAUUUUUGGCUGAAAAUUGAAUAGGGCACUGCAGAUGGAAAAUGCUGACACUAAAAUGUAUUUUUCCUCUCUGGAUGAAAAGUGGGAACUGUGCCUGAAUUCUUUGCUCUUGCAGCUUCAUGCAAUAAAAUACCUUCACUUGCA